UUCAUCCCCCUCUCUCUUUCUAGAUCCACAUUCCUAAAAACCCAUCAUCUCCAUCCUCUCCUCACCUUCUACACCUAUCUUCUAAACUCUAAUCACCAUUAACGGCCAUAUUAUCCCAACCCAUAAAGGAAUUCUCCCAUUACCCACAAGCUGCUAAUAAUGCCCCCAUCCGCCGAUAUGACCCCCCACACUCCCAAAAACAAAGGCUUUCUCCCCUUGUUGGUGAUGAACUACCUCCUCCUCUUUGUUGGCUCCGUCUCAGCCACUCUCCUCUCCAAAUACUAUUUCAUUCAUAAAGGCUCAAGCAUUUGGGUCGCUACAUGGGUUCAGUGUGCUGGCUUUCCUCUUCUUCUCCCCCCAAUUAUCCUCCCUUAUGUCCUCAACCUCACCACCAGAAGACCCUUCACUCAAUUCACCUCCAAAAUCUUCUUCAUCUCCAUCUUCGUGGGCCUUAUGUUGGGCCUCAACAACCUCCUCUUCUCCGUCGGCAACUCCAACCUCCCGGUCUCCACCUCUUCCCUCCUUCUCUCCUCGCAACUCGUCUUCAACCUCCUCCUCUCCGUACUCAUCGUCAAACAGAAGGUCACAUUCUCCAACCUUAACUGCGUCAUCCUCCUAACCGUCAGCUCCAUCCUCUUAGCCCUUGGCUCGAGCCACGACAAGCCUCCCGGUCUGACACGUGGAAAGUACUUCGUCGGAUUCUUCUCCACCAUCGGUGCCGGCUUGCUCUUCGCUCUCUACCUCCCCAUCAUGGAAAAAGUCUACAGAAAAGUCGACUGCUACUCCAUGAUGAUGGAAAUGCAGGCGGUGAUGGAGGCCGCCGCGACGGCGUUGUCGACGGCCUUGAUGGUGUGGAACGGUGCGUUUGGUGGCAUGGUGAGGGAGGGGAGGGAGGUGUUUGACAAGGGAGAGAGGGUAUAUUGGGUGACGGUGGCGUUUAACGUCGUGACGUGGCAGCUGUGCUUUAUGGGGACGGCGGGGAUGGUUUUCUUGACGACGUCGCUGACCGGCGGGAUAUGCAUGACGGCGUUGAUGGGGAUGAACGUUUUGGGGGGAGUGGUGGUUUACGGGGACAAGUUUGGUGGGGUGAAAGCGGUUUCGACUGUGCUUUGUGUAUGGGGGUUCUGUUCUUAUGUAUACGGGAUUUACAUGAAGUCGAAGAAGAUUAGGGAGGACGACGACGACGAGGACCGCACCGAGAUGAUAGAGAUGGGUAGAAAUCCGAGUGUACGUAACGGUGAAAUUCAUGUUUGAUUCGAUGUAAAUUGUGUGAGUGAGAGAAUUAGUAAAGUUAAAGUGCUGCGUAAUUGCGUUUGUUUGCGUAACUACUUUUGGAGGUACACAAGGGACUUGAGGCGAGGUUUAGAUUAGAGGGGGAUUGGCAUGGGAGUUUGGGAAUCAUUGCGAAGAUGAUUAACAUUAUCAUUAUGUGCUUUCAUUAUUGCAAAAUGGUCAUGUCAAUUAACGCUUAACACCCACUAAA